AUGGCGACGAGUAACGACGGCUCUUCCUCUGGGGAAGACCGUGAAGCAAUCGAAGUAACGCCGGCGUCCUUCCCUGUGACUCCGACACCACUCCAACCCGCUUCAAUAGAGACGAUAAUGGCAUGUCUUGCGCAACAAGACGCAGCCCAGAAAGCAACGACCGACCAAAUCGCGGCGCUUGCGAAGAUCUUAGCCCACCUUGCCGUAAACGUGGAAGCCUCGACGGCGGAAUACCGAAGACAUCUGGUUAGCACAGAAAGAGCGACCGGAGCAGCACCAACACAAACGGCUAACCAGGAUGUCACCGUUAACGACGUCGCUCAAACUCCCACAACUCUUGACGUGCAGACGAUAAACGAGCUCGCCGCGUUGAAACAGUCGGUACUGGAUAUAAGCUCCAAUAUUCAUCACGUCACCACAUCCGCACCUCAGAUCGAGCGUGUCCUAGCAGAAUCUCUCCGAACUCCGUUCACCAAAAAGAUAACGAAGGUCCGUCUCUGGAAGAUGGAAAAGCUCCGUCUCCCAACCUUCGACGGUGUAUCCGACCCUUCUGCUCACGUCACAUCCUUCAACAUCGCGAUGCGACGCGCAAACCUUUCUGACGAGGAAAAAGACGCUGGCUUUUGUCAACUUUUCGUCGAAACCCUAGAAGGUAUUGCUCUUAACUGGUUUACCGGCCUUCAGGAGGACUCCGUCGAUAGUUUUCACGACCUCUCAGCGGCUUUCCUCAAAAACUAUAUCAUGUUCACUCGCCAAGAAGCCACCACUACAGAUCUUUGGAACCUCAACCACGCAAACGGGCAGAGCUUAAGAGAUUUUAUGGAAAAGUUCAAAUCCAUCUUCUCGAAAGUCGACGUGCCAGACCACAUAGCUGUGGAGUCAUUGAUGAACACUCUCCAUAUUAAGUCGCCAUUUCGCGCUGAUCUUUAUCGACAUCCGAGAAGGUCAGUACCGGAUGCCAUAGCUCGUUCCAACAAUUUCAUUCGGAUGGAGGAAGAUACCAGAGGCAAGGUAGCCAGAGAAUUGGCAGGGAAACAGACUCCUGCCCGGACAAACGACGCUCGUCAAGAACCACGCCAACAUUCAGCAGGAGGCAAGCCUAACCAGAAGAAAGGCUAUAUGAACGCUAUAGACGACGGCGAAUCGUCGGGAUCUGCCACUACAGUGCGCGAAAAGGGGUGGAACCAUUGGGACCGCGACACCAAUCAGAAGAAAUCCAGUUCCCCCGAACCAACAGGCUCGACUACAGGCGAACCAAGUAAUUGGUGUUCUUAUCACGAGGUCAAAUCACAUGAUACGAGGGAUUGCAAGGUCUUAUACGGGCAUUUCCUCAAACGACGAGUAGAAGUAAUCCUCUCUCAACAGGCUGAUUCCUCCGAUGAUGAAGCACCGUCACAACAACGAGAUCUGCGCGAAGAGUUGAAUAAUAAAACGCAGUCUAAGGACCUGCGUACGUUCUUGAAGCGAAAAGCCGCAACGGGGGAUGAGAGCACAACAGAUCUUCGGAUAUCCCUUGACGAGUAUAAAGCGAAGAAGACUGCCCAUGACAGCACGACCACAAGGUUGAGAGCCUUGCCCGCAGAUCUACAUGACCAUUUCAACUCUAAAGUGGAAGAUUUACGCACUAAGCUCAGUCAGCCCAAGCGACAAGAUUUGCGACCAUGCCUCGAAGCCAAGCGACAAGCGCAACAGGAACUGCUGAAGGCUACGAACGUCCCCCACCUCAACGUCAUAAUGGGUGGAUUGCCUCCUUGCGGGAACUCGGUGAGAGCAGUCAAAGAUUACAGACGACAAGCCGUCACUGUGCAAAACUGGCCUUCACAAGUAGAAACUGACUACCAAAUCUCUUUCUCGGCAGUCGACACUCGUGGAGUUAGUAUGCCGCACAAUGAUCCGCUGUUCAUCGACAUUGGAAUUGAUGAGUGCCAGGUUACAAAGGUUCUCAUUGAUACUGGCAGCUCGGUCGACCUAAUCUUUCGGGACACACUCGACAAAAUGGGGAUUGACCUACGCGACAUGAAGCCUUCUUCGCGUACUCUCACAGGGUUUAACGGUUCUUCAGAGCAGAUGAUCGGCACAAUACGUCUCCUAGUCUACCCAGGCGAUGUCACCCGCACAGUUAAGUUCUCUGUUGUCCGGGCAAAGGCACCGUACAACGCCAUCCUUGGCACCCCCUGGCUACACUCAAUGAAGGCUAUUCCCUCUACAUAUCAUCAGUGCGUUAAAUUUCCUGGAAAAGACGGCGCAAUACGGACAAUCCGCGGAGAUCAACGGGCUGCGAGAGAGCUGCUUAUUGCUGUGGUCAAGUUACAACAGUCAACCUCCAAUGUCAGCACGGUCAACAAACCAAUUCAUAAAAUCUAUCCUCAAAAGGAGGAAAUUCGCGAGGAGCCCAUCGAUGAAGCCGACAUAUCAAAGAUCGCACGCAUAGGCGCCUAUCUCUCUGAUGAAAUGCUGUCGCAGAUCAUCUCUUUCCUUAAAGAAAACGCUUCGACAUUCGCAUGGGAAACUUCUGAUAUGAAAGGGAUAGAUCCUGCAGUAACAUCCCACGAACUGAACGUUGACCCGACGUACAAACCCAUCCUGCAGAAGAGGCGUAAGCUCGGACCCGAACGGUCUAAAGCCGUAAAUGAAGAAGUUGAUAGGUUGCUCGACGCCGGGUUCAUAACCGAAGUAUGA